UCGAGCUGUGACACUGUUAUCGACAAAUCUUGAGUGUGAUUUCUAGAUAGAAACAGAAGAAAUAUAUAUUUAAUAAAUUCAGGGACUGCGGACAAUCUCUCGUGUCUGAGUGAAUAAUUGCAUUAUGACAGAGGAAUAAAUAAUUUGAAGAGUGAAGAUACCAAGAAUAUAACCAAUUGCUAUCUACAAAGGCUAGAGCUAAGUUUGCAUAUAUUUGGGGACACAUCAUCGUUUUUGCGUCGAUCACGAGAGUUCCUACAAACGGUGGUCAGAGUGGAGGUGGCGCCGGAAGUAAAAAAGAGCUGAUUAUUGUUUUGGAAAGAAAAUAUACAAUUAAACACUUGAUAACUUCAAUGCCAAGGUCUAGUUUAAUACUGGCCAACUUGGGGUCAAUAGCAGGUUCAAAACUAGUUAAACAAUUAAAGUAGCGCAGCAGUUGUAGAAGCAUUGAAACCGAUUCAUGUUCUUAAUUAUAGUAUAAUUAUUAUACAAUAAACAUUUCCGAGCGGGGGAAAAUUGAUAUGAAUAUUACUGAUUGCUUGCUUGUAUAAAAAAAAGUGAAGCAACCCACCUCGUGUUCGGUGAAGCCGAUAAAAAUGACUUCUACAAAACCACGAAAACAACCAACUGCCAUAUCUCGUAUGAGGCAAGAUUAUAUGCGAUUAAAGCGUGAUCCCUUGCCAUAUAUCACUGCAGAGCCCUUGCCAAACAAUAUUCUAGAGUGGCAUUAUGUUGUAAAAGGACCUGCUAACACGCCUUACUAUGGAGGUUACUACCAUGGCACUUUACUUUUUCCUAGAGAGUUUCCUUUUAAGCCACCUUCAAUAUACAUGUUGACUCCAAAUGGCCGCUUUAAAACGAAUACACGACUCUGCCUUAGUAUAUCAGACUUCCAUCCCGACACAUGGAAUCCAACAUGGUGCGUUGGAACGAUUUUGACUGGCCUUCUUAGCUUUAUGCUUGAAACGACUCCAACUCUUGGUUCAAUUGAGACAACGACUUAUGAAAAACAGAGUUACGCCAGAAAGUCUUUGGAAUUCAAUCUGAAAGAUCCGCUAUUUCGUGAAUUAUUUCCUGAAGUAUGUGAAGAGAUUAAUAAGCUAUUGCAAGACGAAAAGGAAAAGCAGGCUCUUUUAAAUGGCGCAAUUCCUAAUAGUAUCGAUAAAAGUGGUAUAACUUCAAAUAAUAACGGAUCUUGUGCUAAUGAAGCUAACGGAGACCCACAGGCAAAGUCAACUGUAAACGUCAAGAAAUCGAAGUCGCUUAUAAAUUGGCCAGCGUUAUAUUCGAAUUUGGUGAUUGGAAUAAGCUUUGCGAUUUUUGCGUUGGUAGUCAAUUAUGUGAUCAAGAAUUUGAAUCAGGAAUAAAUGGUAAAUCGUUGUAGCCCGUAAGCACAAUGCACUAUGUAAUACGA